CCGCCCCGUCCAGCCCGGGCUGCCCGGCUCCCGCAGGCCCCCCCCGCCGCCCGCGUUCCUAUGGACAGACGCACAGACACCUGCAGGAAAGACACUGCUGAUCCUGUAACAUGGAGGAUUGCCUUCAUACCUCAUCUGAGAAUCUGUCCAAAUUGGUCAGCUGGGCCCACAGCCAUGGGACCAUUUGCAGCCUCAUUCCAAACCUGAAACACUUGCUUUCAGAAGGUUCCCAUGGGAACCUCACAGCAAUGUGGGGCUGUAGUGCUGGCCAUGCUUAUCACUGGCCAUUGACAGCUACUUGCAGAGCUGGGUCCCAAGAAAGGGUCUGUUUCCAGGAUAACAGAAGUUUUAACUCUGAUAGUCCCAGUAUAAUCGGAGUGCCCUCUGAGACACAAACUAGCCCUGUUGAAAGGUACCCUGGGAGACCAGUGAAAGCGAAGCUAGACUGUAAUCGGACCAGAGACUCUUGUGACUUCUCUUAUUGCAGUGAGCCCUCUGAACUGGAUGAAGCUGUUGAAGAAUAUGAAGAUGAAAACACCCUGUUUGACAUGGUUUGUGAGUCUUCUGUUACAGAUGAGGAUAGUGACUUUGAACCCCAAACCCAAAGGCCUCAAACCAUUGCUCGAAAAAGGCCUGGAAUAGUUCCAUCUUCUCUCCAUUCCAGCUCCCAAGCUCAAAUGGUUGAUGAAUGCAGCAAUGAUGUCAUCAUUAAGAAAAUCAAACAAGAGAUUCCUGAGGAUUAUUACAUUGUGGCGAAUGCAGAGCUGACUGGAGGGGUAGACGGACCAGCCCUGUCAUUGACACAGAUGGCAAAACCCAAGCCUCAGAGUCAUGCUGGUCCCUCUUGUAUAGGGUCUGCUAAGCUGAUUCCCCAUGUAACAUCUGCCAUCAGCACAGAGCUGGACCCACAUGGUGUGUCUGCAUCCCCCUCUGUGAUGUCCAGACCGAUCGUCCAGAAGACUGCCAGGGUAUCUCUGGCUUCACCAAACAGAGGACCUCCCAGUGCCCAUGGCACAAACCAGCAGGUGGCCAUGCAGAUGCCUGUGAGCACUUCCCAUCCUAAUAAACAGAUCAGCAUCCCUUUGUCUGCCCUGCAACUGCCUGGACAAGAUGACCAAAUUGCUUCUGAAGAGUUCCUGCCCCAUCUGCCCAGCCAGGUCUCCUCUUGUGAGGUAGCUCUUUCUCCCUCAGUUAACACAGAGCCAGAAGUGAGCUCCAGUCAGCAGCAGCCCCCAGUUGCUCCAACCAUAACCACUGAGGCCACAGCACAGUGCAUACCAGACCAGGAUGAAAGAGCAGCUGAGCUCAGCAGGGAGCAGAAUGAGAAAACCAUCCGGAGCACGCAGACUGCGCUCCGCAAUUUCCGCGAGUUCCUCAUCUCCAAGUAUCCUUCUGAAACAAGAGAGAUUUAUGUCAUCCCUUGCAAGGAGUUGGAUGCCUACCUGGCCUCUUUCUUUGUGGAUGCCAGGCAGAAGGAUGGGUCCGAGUAUGAACCCAACAGCUUGGCCAAUUACCAGUGUGGACUUGAACGGUACCUAAAAGAACACAGGUAUGGCUACAGUAUUACGAGGGAUAAGGAAUUCAAGCGUUCCCAAGAGGCCCUGAAACAGAAGCAGAUUGAACUCCGCUGCAAAGGAAAAGGAAAUAAGCCACACAAGUCCAUGAAGCUCACCUUUGCUGAUGAGCUCAUUCUGCGAAAAAGAGGACUGCUGAGCCGCUAUAAUCCUGAGGGUCUUCUCAACCUUGUGUGGCUCAACAACACAAAAGCUUUUGGGCACUGCACAGGAUUCCAUGGAUCUACCUUGAAGUGGGGUGAUAUCCGGCUCCGGGUAACAGAAACGGGGCUGGAGUACUUAGAGUGGAUGGGUCAAGACACUGGUGACCUGAAUGCCAAAACCAAGAGAGGGGGGACGGACUCUCGUGUGUAUGCCACCCAGCAUGCCCCACAGACCUGCCCCGUACAGGACUAUAAGGAGUAUGCCCAGCGGCGACCUCCUGCCAUGCGCUACGAGGAUGCCCCUUUCUACCUGUCCAUCAAGCCAGUGGUGAACUUGGCAGCUCUGCAUUGGUAUAACUGCCAAGCCCUUGGCAAGAACAAGCUGGCCAAGAUGGUGAAGACCAUGUGUGAGAAGGGCAACAUCCCCGGCAGGAAGACCAAUUUCAGCGUGUAUCAGAGCUGCAGCACCUUGUCUGAGGCUCAGAGCAACCAGCUGGUGCUUAUCUGUAACAAUCUGAGCCAGCAGGCCGCACAGUCAGUGGCCGGGCACUCCAACAGCGGCAAUUUCAUCGUCUCUGCCUCUUACGACUCUUCCUCAGACACUGCUUGACCAGGUGUCCUGAGCAAGACCCCAGCUUGGUUACUGUGUCCAGAGAAACUGUGGUUAUACACUGCUUCUCGUUUCCUUUCCUCGGCCCUCAGUGUUAACUUUAUAAAAAUAUAAAUAUAUAAUAUAUUUUUCUUUUUACAAAUAAGCCAAUGGAGAUAGUUUAGUAUUGCUAACAUAGUAUUUAUAGGCUUAACACAAAUGUACUUGUGGGUGAUUAAAUGUAAUUACUGUUAUAGCCGUUACAAAACCAUAGUGGUUCUCAGGCAAUACAAAGUAGAGAAGGAAUUCCGUUUUUUAAAAAACUGUCAGAAAAGUAACUGAAAGUCGUCCUAGACACGUGUGUCCUCAACGCCUGCUUUUCCUUCCCACCCCACCUCUCAUUUUGAGUCUAGUUAAUAAAUGGCUUUAUUUUUUUAAGUUUUAAAAUUUUAUAUUAAUCAGGAGGAAACAAUACUAGCUCUGCUGCUUACACAGAAUUAUAUUCAGUCAGAUCCAGAAUAUGAGAGUGUUGACAUAAGCUCUACAAAUUAUUUACAUAUUUUUUUUAGCUGAAUUAGAAUUUUAGCUCCUGUGCCUCUUUUUUGUAAUGUCUGAAAAUCUAGAUGUUUAGGUAACAUCUUUUCUUUUGAGGGCAAUAAAGGUGCCAUUCUUUUUGAAAGAUAUAUAAUUUUUAAAUAAUAUGCAAAGUCCAAUAUUGUGGCAAAAAAGACUGUUAACAGCUCUUUACUGUUGUGCUUGAACCUGGAUAGAUUUUUUUUGUUCCCUAAGAAAUCAGUUUAAAUGAAGUGUGAUUUUCAGAUUUGCAAAACUACCAAAGCUUUCAAAAUGUUCCCAAGCAUUAGACUGUAUAUCAAACAUAAAGAGAAGGUAGAGAAUGGGAGGGUCUUAUUAAAAAUCUGGAAGCGCUAGUCAGGACAACAAAAGAGGACUACUCUUCAAAGCCCAAACCCCCUGAAUUAUUUAUUUAUAAGCAUUAAACUUCAGUCUCUUUUCCCUAGGAGAUUACUUAACUCUGUAGUUGAGAUCAAAAGAAUAUUGACACUCAUUUGGGGUAACAACAUUUUGUUAUUGGAUUUAGCUGAAUUCAAAGCAUUCUUGAAAAUGUGCAGUUUCUAGUAAAUAUAAAUUUAUCUGUGAUACCCUGCAAUUAUAAUAAUAAUAAUUUUGGUUAAACAACUCUUUGUGGUGGUUUUCCCAAGGUCUUUAUUUUCAAGUCUUAAAGCCUGUGGUGUAUUUUUAGUUAAGAUCCUUCAAUAACAACAUAAAUUUAGACAUUAGGGCGACAAUGAAGUUGAGCUUGGUUCCUGUCCUGUAUAAUCAUUAACACAUAGAAAAUCCGAAUCUUAAUUGCUUUGUUGGAUUCUGUUGGGAAGUAUUUGUUCUUUAAGGCAACCUCUUAAUUCACAUUAGCUAGAAGGGUAGGUGGUAUUUUAUGUGUUAACUUAUUGUACAGCGCGUUCAGGUUUCAUUUUUAUAUGCCUUCCUAAAUCAUCACAAAAGCUGAGGUUUCCCUUGGCUUGGUAGCUUUUUUCAACACCAAGUCAUAAACACAUAAAGACUCAUUCCUCUAUAUGGUGACCUUUCCUUUGGUUCAUGAGUAGAAAGUCUUCUGUGGACUUUUUGUGGUGGAAUCAACUUCAUUUCGUGACUUUUCCUCCAUAGAGAGGCAUCCAGAAAUAAGAAAGGGUGGAAGAUAUCUUGUUUUAUUUAUUUUUUUUUGUAUUAAUGAUGGCAGCCACCAUUUUUUAACUAGUGUGUAUGCCAGCUCUGUGUCAAGUGACUUACAUGCAUCAUUUAUAUAAUAGUUACUGUGUGAAAAUUAGAAAAUUUAGGUAAGCAUAAAGAGCACAAACACUCAUAAAUCUGCUGGCCCAAAUAACCGCUGUUAAUAUUUUAGUAAAUAUUUCUUUAGACAUUUCAAUACAUACAUAUUUAUUUCUGUACACAUCUUUCAUCCUUUCAAUCCUUGAAAAGCUUAGUUAUCUUCAUUUUAUGUUGAGAUCAAGACAAAUCAGUUAUUGUUAAGGAAAUGGUACUGUCUUCUGACUUGAGUUUUUUCUGUUUAUCUUCCUUAGUUCCAACUCAGAGUCAGUUUCCAGUGAUUUGAGCCAGAAAUGGGGACACAGUGUUUUCCCAUCUCUCAAGGCUAUCUGAUUAGAAGGAAUGCUGAGUGACCUUUCAUGAUGGCACGCUGUGUCCCCUGGUGCCCCCUCUUCUGUUCAUUUUGAGCCACAGGACCUCUUUCUCCCAGUUCCCUUUACAAAACUUUCCUUAUUCUAUACCCUUGUUUGUAAGUGCACAGGACAGCCUACUAUAAAAGAACUCUUAAAAAAAAUUUUUUUAAUGUUUGUUUAUUUUUGAGAGAGAAAGAGUAUGAGCAGGGGAGGGGAGCAGCAGGGGAGUAUGAGAGUGAGAGGGAGACACAGAAUCUGAAACAGGCUCCAGGCUCUAAGCUGUCAGCACAGAGCCUGACGUGGGGCUUGAACUCAAGAACUGCAAGAUCAUGACCUGAGCCAAAGUCAGAAGCUUAACCAACUAAGCCACCUAGGUGCCAAUAAGGCUGUUCUUAAUGGGUUACCUCUUGUUUAAAAAAAAAAAAAAAAAGGUUUUUGUGAAACACUUAAAAUGUGUGCAUUUUAUUUUUGCAUUGACAUACUUUUAAAAAUUCUUAAUAUGUUUUUGACAGCAAAGUAAGUUUGUCAUGAGGAAGAAGGGCAGUGAGGAUGUACUGAGAAAGCAGAAUUAGGGAAUUUUGCAUUCCUAUUUGUGUUGAUUAAGGCACUACAAUGAAAAUCUCUCCUAUUUCAUUCUAUUGCAUUUUCACUCAGAAGAACACAAAUUGAGAAUGUAAAUUACUUUUUUAUUUAUUUUUAUUUUGCUUUGAUAACUCAAACCAAAUAGGAACAUUGUGACAUUUAGAUUUAGAAAGCUUUUCUGAAGAAUGGCUUGGUAGAAGUUUAGCUGAAUUACAGUAUCUCUUUGCAUUAAUGAAAUUAUGAAAAAUUAUCUGCAACUACCUCUAAAUUUUGUGUUUUUAUAUAAACAAUACUGAAGACAUGCUAUUGCCAGAUGCCAUUUUCAUUAUUUGUUACUUUAACUUAAAAGAAGUUAUGUUCAUACUGUGGCACUGGUACAUGCCAAAAUAUCAUUCAUGUGCUUUCGUGAAAAUUCAGCAGUCCAGUAGGUGUUCACUACAACUGAAUGUGCUGCCUUUCCAGUCAAUCCUGUGAUUCAUACAGAAACCAUAAAACCAUAUUUACAAGGUUUACAUUUUUAAGUCAGUGUAAUGUCACGUAAGGAAUUCUCCAGUGCUUCUCACAUGACUCUGAAAGUUGUGCGCUGUCUACAACAAAAGUGUCAAGCCCAUCUGUCAGCAUUUGAGGGGAGAUAGCUGCAAAAUUCAGUCUUUCUUCUAUAUUCAUGUGAGUGACUGUUGAAAACCUUGGAUGGUAGCAAUUGUUUUUAAAACCAUAAAAUCUGAAAAGGUUAGAGAAAUUCAGGAUGUUAAUCCAACAGAGCUUAUUCUUAAAAUUCCAUUUAUUCUCCUAGUUAGUAGGGGUGGUCUGAAUAUGGUUUGUAAUACGCCAGCUACUUAAAAUAUUUUUCUAGAUCUUUUCCCUGUGUUAAAUUUUCCCUAUGUCAAUUCACUUUCCCCUGUGUUAAAUCACUUCCCAGAGCAGUAAACAAUAGUCUGAAAAUUUUCUAGAGUAGAUCAAGUCUCUUUGGUUUUUCAUUUAGAUCAUUGUUAGCUGAAACUUUCAUCACAUUAAUUGAUCUCAGUCAUAUGGCUUAGCUUUUAAGAUGUCAUGACAUCAAAUAACUUUCACUGAGAGAGAAUUUACAGCCAUAUCAACAGAUAUUUGAACACCUAUUGUCCAGACACUGGGAAGGGUACAAAGAUGUGUAAAACAGUCCCUACCCUCAAAGAAUUUAUAAAAGAUACUAUAAUAAAAGUUUCAUUUCAUUUUUGAGAGCUCACCAAAAAAAGUCUCUGCCGAUACUCUUUUUGCAUCAUUUCCCGAAUUUGUACUCAUACAGUUUGUCUAUUAUCCAGCCACUGAAUAUGUUGGUUUGCUGUGGAAUACAUAACACUGCUUUGAGUAUUUUGACGAGAAUCUUCCUUAGAGCCUGUUUUAAAACCAAUAUGAAGGCAGCCACUCCUGCACCAUCUAUUGGGUUCACAUAGGUGCACACAUGUACCAGAAUGUGCAGAUUACCAUCACUAUCGUUUACUGAGUACUUAACAGUAUGCCAGAGUAGUAAGUGCUUCUGUAAGCUGUUUCACUUAAUUCUCACAAUAGUCCUGAGGGUAAGUGUGAUUAUUUCUCCUUCAUAAAUGAGGAAAUCAUAGAAGUCAAAUGGGUUGCCCAUAUCACAGCUACUACAUAAGAGCAUCAGGAUCUGAAACCAGAUCCAGAUCCUAUUAAGUUCUGUCCUUUUUGGCUGAGGCAGCUUGUUCACAAGGUGAUUUGCUGUGCAUCUGUGGACUCUGAAGUGAUAAAUUAUACAUGAAAUCCCUAGUGUAAUAAAAUCAUCAAUAUACAUUCAAUUCCAAAUUGAGAGCAGUGCCAUCACCUGGCAUGUUUGUUGGUACAACAUUGUUUAGGCCUCAUUAUUUUAAUUAUUUUGAUAUAGGACAUUUGGCAGUUUGUUUCUCCCCUGGCCAUGAGUAGAGAGCAUAAGUCUGUGUCACUUUUUAAAGGACACUUAACUUUUUCAUGGAGGUGAGUGUGUGUACAAGUAAUUAUAUUUUUAAAAGUGAUUUCCAUUUGUUUUUACCCCCAAAUAAACCAAAAACUCAAUUUUAAGAGAGUUCCUCAUAAAUCAGACAGGGAAAGGGAAGGUUGGGCUCUUAAGCCCAAAAGCCAGUAUUGCCAGCCACCAGUUACUGAGCAUUGAUUGCCAGUCUGCCAGGGAGUUUGGUCUUGCCUGCAAAUUUUUUUUUUUUUUAAUUUUUUUUUUCAACGUUUUUUAUUUAUUUUUGGGACAGAGAGAGACAGAGCAUGAACGGGGGGGGGGCAGAGAGAGAGGGAGACACAGAAUCAGAAACAGGCUCCAGGCUCCGAGCCAUCAGCCCAGAGCCUGACGCGGGGCUCGAACUCACGGACCGCGAGAUCGUGACCUGGCUGAAGUCGGUCGCUCAACCGACUGCGCCACCCAGGCGCCCCGAUCUUGCCUGCAAAUUUGGUGCCAGCAAAUUAACAAUAUUUAAUUUUUUAAUGUUUAUUUAUUUUAGAUAGAGACAGAGACAGAGCACAAGAGGGGAAGAGAGGGAGACACAGAAUCUGAAGCACACUCCAGGCUCUUUGUUGUCAGCACAGAGCCUGACCUGGGGCUUGAGCCCAUGAGCUGUGAGAUCAUGACCUGAGUUGAAGUUGGAUACUCAACCAACUGAGCCACGCAACCCCCACCCCCGACAAUAUUUGAUAGAAGAAUUUGUUAUUAAUAUUUUGGUUUUUUAUCUAUCGAGAUUGUUUUUGGGGUGCCUGGCUGGUUCAAGUCAGUUAAGCCUGUGACUCUCGAUCUCAGGCUUGUGAGUUCAAGCCCCAUGUUGGUUGUGGAGCCUACUUAAACAAACAAACAAAUAAAUAAAUAAAUAAAUAAAGAUUGUUUUUAACAAAAUUUUUGAAGAAAAAUACUGUCCUUACGAGUCUCAGAAUUAGAGAUAGACCAAAACCAUUCAGAUUUUCUCUAGUUGGCUAUCUCCAUCGUUCAACAUAUUAGAGGCAAACACUUCUGAUUUUAAUCAGGCUUCUUGUGACUGGUUUUCUCUAUCUAUAGGAAAGGAAUAUUUUGAUCUGUAUUUCUCUAACCAAAAUAGAGCUAUAAUACUUAGCAUCUAUAAAUAAAGACUCUACUAUGUGAUAAAGGAAAUAAAUUUCCAAGCCUAGCGGAGAAGUCAAGAGGAGUGUAUGAUAAUUUAUUGCAAUAAGCUAAUUUUUAAAAGGUUCAUUUAUGGAAAAAAAUGUUAUAAACACUAAGGAAUUAACAAGUUCUCUACCAAUUAGUUUUAAUAGAUUUUUUUCUCAAAUAGAAUUCCUUUAUAUCAGAUCUUGGCAUAUUACCAUAUGAUAAGGUACAGAUAGAGAGUUGCUUAUUAAGAAACAUACCAUUGGCAACGGGAUCCUCAGUUGUCUUUUGUUUUUCCCUUAAUGCAUGGAAUUCAACAUUGCUUCUCUUCCCUGCUCAGAUCUGGCUGAGAUGAAAUGAAUGCAUUUUCACAAGGCAAAGUGAUGAAGACAGGAUGAUUUUAAGAGAUCCUUGCCAUAGAGUAUAACUGGGACAUAAAUAUACUCCAUAUAUCAUCUUUGGUUAAUGUAUUUCUAAUGAUAUAAAACAGAAAAGGGGAUGAUAUUGGCAAACUGCCAACAACUCUGAUUUCACUUCUAAUCAGAGAAAAGGAAGUUAAUAAAAAUUUAUCAUGCUUCAUCCUAUUUGUAAAUUAAUCAGACGGAGGGAAACACCUAGGUUGGUAUGAAAGAUUGCAUUAUUUUUAAAAGACAACAUUUUAAUACAAUUGAGUUGGUUUGUAAACCAUGACUUUGUUGAAUUACACUCAGUAUUAAUGAAGUCAGUAUUAAUUUGAUCAGAAUAUUAAUUAGGUCAGAAUAUUAAUGUGAACCAUCAUCUUUGCUGAAUUAUAAUCCUAGAGGCUGACCAAGAGAACCUCGAGUCCAGUGCUUUUCAGUGCUAUGAAGAAUAGGAGUCACCAUGUCCUCUGGGAGUAGAGGACAAAGAGGUCAAGGAGUAGAGAUUGCAAAGGGAGUCCUCACGCUGAUUCCCCAGGAAUUCUCAUGUUCCCUACGCCCCUACCUUCCUAUUUUGAGACUCACUAGACUGAAUGAGCUACUACCUCUAUGACACAUCCUUCACAUGGGGAGUCUGGAAAAUAAGAUUGGAAACAUCUAACCUAAUCUACCCCUCUUUUUUAUAGAAGAGAGGAACAAUCCUAGAGACAUUAGAUGAAUGCCCAGGUGUACACACCUUGUCAGAACCAGAUCUAGAACCUAGGCACCCUGACUUCUAAUCCAUAGAUCAGAGUUUAGGGAGGGAAAACAACCCUGCGUUUCCACUGAGAAAGAGUAUCCUUUUCUUGUUUUCAAAAUUGUAAUUGGUUUUUAAGCCCUCAGUCAAGUUUCUAUUAGAAGUAGAUUCAAGCUGCUAGUUUCCAAAUAGGCUAUUUUUACAUGUGAAUUGUCACUUUUCAUUGUAUAGUGUUAUAUCUUGAUUAGCAACUUCUUUUUGAAAUUUGAUGGAAUAAUCUCUAAAUGUAAUCAUUUUUUAACAAGCAUCUCUCCCCAUUCAUACUUAGUUUUCAUUUACAGAGGGAAAACAAACUACAGUUUUCAAGUAUAUGAAUUCCAAUUAUAGACCAUGAACUAAAAAGUAACUUUUUGUUUAUUGUGACACUCAUUUGCAUAUCCAGCUUCAUGGUAUCUAUAUUAUUAGUUUUGAAUGCAGUCUAUAAUGUCCUUUUUUAUUCUAUGGAAAGGUUAAAAUAUCAUCUUGAAGGUUUGAGAUGUAUCUUCAAUCCAAAGGAUCAAACUUCUAUCAACAUAAUUAGGAUGUUUCUGAAGUGAAUUUAGUUAAAGAUAGGGAAGAAAGAGAAAAUGGGAACUAAUGGAAGACCUAUAGCAGGAAGAUGUAGAAAUACAAAGUAUUUGUAAAUUCUCUGAUUAUCCUGCUUGUUCUUCUAAAAAAGAAUUCAAGCAUAAAUGAAAAAUAUUCACAAAUUUUUAUUUUACAAAUUAUAUUUACCAGAUUAUAGUUGAAGAAAAAAGGUGAAAUUCUAGGAUUUUUUUUUUAAGUACAGUGGAAUUGUCUUUUGAAUGCAGUGUUGAAUUUUGCUAGACUUCUAAUGUUCUCCUUUGUAUUACACUGGAAUUAGAGAGUAUUUUUACCAUGGUACAUCCAUUUCAAAGAGCUUUAAAAAUGCUUUGGCAUAAUUUAUUUAUUUGUGGUAAGUAGAAUUAGGAAGACAUCAGCAAUAUAGAACCUUAACAGUAAUUGCGCAUACUGUACUUAAGUGAUUUUUAUGUCUGUUUACUUUCUGUAAUUCUUACAUUUUAUAAAUCAAAUAACUUAGUAUACUUCCACUAGAAAUUAAUUUAUAAUGGAUUAUUUAUACUGGAUGAAGUAGCAGGUCCAUUUUAGUAUUAAUCCACUCAGAUUAACUUUAUCUAACUGAAUUUUUAUAUCUACAGUUCAUUAUAUUACAACUUUUUAAAUAGCAUUUAUAACAAAAGAACUUUUGUUUUAUAAAGUAUUUGUUACAAAAAAAACCCAUCUUGCCAAAAACCAUUACAAUUUCUAUGCAUUGUGUAAUAUUCAGUGAUGUCACUGUUGAGAUUUGCAUGUUGUUAUAGGUGCCCUUUCCUAUCUGUGUUUGUGAUGUUUAUGUGGAAUUGUUAACCAUUGCUGCUAUCACUUAUUGUAGCUAAACUGAAGAACUGUGCUAAGAGGCUGUGCCAGUCAACAGUUGUAUGUGUGACUUGUGAAAAUGUGUACUUAGUUGUUUAAUAUUUUGAGCCAGCACUUAGUGGCCUCUACGGAAGGAAAUAUUGUAGUUGUCAAGUGGUGCCAACUUCAGCAUCUUGUUUCACAUGUGUAAAUUCCACGUCAGAUUUUCUUCCAUACUUUCCCCCAACUCUUUGAAAGGCAAUGUUUGCAAAAAGAGAAAGCAAGAAUUUUUAGCUUUUUCGGUACUCCUCCCACCUCAAAUCUUUUUUUGUUCUUCUGAUACUUGAACACCUUACAGAAAAAUCCUAUGGAAUGACAAUGUAGCAGCUUAAUUUACUUUUAUCUGGUUAUUUCUAUCCAGGUAAAUGAUGUAAUAACAGAACUAUGAGGUGCCUACCUCAUUUUUGUUGGUUAUCCUGGCUUAUUGUUUGAAUUGCUUUUAAUAAGAAUUUUUAGCUUUUCAAAUUUAUUUAUUAGGGACUGUGGAAGUCUCAGAGUUCCCAAAUAAUUAACUUUUAUAUUCAGCAUUCACAUGGGCUUUAUAACCUAUUUGGCUGCCUUAUGACCAUCAGAAUUUUUUCAUACCCACCUGUCGUUAGUUUUUCCUAGUGUUUACAUCUUGUGUCAGUAUUUCCAAACAAACCCUGCAAUUCGAGAGAAAAGUGGAUGAAUUCUAUGUUUUGUUAAAAUUCAACAUGGGGGAAAUAUUAUACAUUUAUACUCAAACUGGAAGGGAAACAGUCAUAAAAUGUUAAAGAAAAGUAGGCUAUGUUCUUAAGAGCAUUUUAAUACCAACAUGUCAAAAUUCCUUGCUUAGUGCAGGGUUUCAUUCUGUCUGCUCAAUGGGUUUAUAAUUAUGAGAUUUCUUUAAUCUCCUGAGUUAUGUAGAGGCUUUUUGUGUGACUGUCAGAUACAUGGUGACAGCCAAUGCUGUAUUUGGAAACAUUGCUGCUGAAAUUGCUGAUUUAAUUUUAAGAAUAUUAAAACUAAUUCAUCAAGGCCCCUGCCACUCCUUUGCUUAAAGGAAAAGAAGGGCAGAUUUUAAUUGUGAGCCUUUUCUCCAGAAUAUGCUUUAAACAUUUACCCCUCGAUGGAGGUGAUAAAGCAAUAAAAGGAAACUCAAUUAUGUAUGUUCUAAAGAAGUUCUGCCCUUGUCCAGUGGCCUCCAGAACAACACUAAAAUAUUUCUUGAUUCCUGCAUUGGGGGUUUUCAGGUGAGGUGUUUAUACAUAGAAUUUCUUUUAUAUUUUGGACACCAAAGAUUAUGGCAUGAUAGAUCAUGAUGAUUAACGGUUUCUAUUAGAUAGCUGUGGGCAGGUUUAUUUGAAUCCUGCUCUUGGAUUUUUUUUUCCCAUUUUGGAUCUUCUUUACAUUUUGUAUGUCUGUCCUAAGGCCCUUAUGCCCAGGGCAACUUUUAAGUAAUACAUAUGUAUUUAUUAGGUUUCUAAUUUAUAUAGUAUAUUUCCAUCAUGACUUUAAAACUUUUUUUCACUGCUAAAAUUAGACCUAGAUUUGCCAGAUAGCCCCCUUUUUCGUUGUGAUCUGAAAAUGUAAAUGUAACCCCAUAGGCCUGAAACCUGGUAAGAGAAUGACUGGAAGCAUUUUGGAUUCAACAGAAUCACUUAAAUCACUCAUUUAUCUGUUCAAAUGAAGAACUUUGGUUGCUUAUUGGAAUGAGUGCUGUAUUCAACUUAAAUAAGAUCUUCCUUAUGAAGAUUUCUUUCAUUCUACCACUUAGAGGUUAAUUGGGAAUAAAAAAGUAGAUUCAUCAAUUUAUUCAGUAUAAUUUAACUCCAGACAUUUGUUUAAAACAGAAAUAUACCACCACAGUUAAUACUCAGAAAAAUGUUAUGAAAAAUGGUACUGUUCUUUGAAGAUACAUUUAUUACUCCCCCUACCCAUUUGGUAGAGUGUCAUUUUUGGUAUAUUUUCUGGCCACUUGACUUUUAACUGACUUACGUGAAAAAAAGCACAUGUGUGCCUGAUGUUCAUUCUAAUCAUAUUUUAAAAUUCUCUUUUAAACUGCUGCAGUUAUAAUUUGUGAAAGAGGAGAAAGGUGAAUUGAAAUGGAGGGAAAUUUCUGUUAAUAUGUUAAAAUGUGUGACUUUGAUGCUCUUGGUUAAUCCUCUGCCAGUUGAUAUUUGUAUUAAUAUGAUAGACCUUUUUUGUUAAUAAGAAUAUACUGUUGGCUUCAUCUUUAUUUUGCUGCUCACUGCGUUUCACACUACAAUGUUUUCAUCUUUUUCAGCUCACUGUUUUUGCUUCAUAUUUGUCCGUGUACUUGUGCUCUAAAUAAAAUUCUAGUUUUAUGUCCCA